AAAACAAUCGGCGUAUUUGAAUAAAAUUGAUAACGGCCCGUAUUUUACUUGUGAACUGCUGGCAGCUGCUGGUAAUAGCAAAUAAUAUUUGGUGAUAAUAUUGGACAACCUGAAGAACACAUCAGUCUUCAUUCUUCAGUCUCCAUUCCAAAUUCUAUGGUCUUCAUCCAUCUUCCCUGAGAGACUGGUUGUGAGCGGUAAAAGGAGCUGAAGAUGUCGGAGCCGGUGCAGAUAGGCGACAACGACGAGAUGGAGGACAUGGAGGACGAGGAGUCUCCCAAGCCGCAGGUGCUGAGCCGCCCCGACCUGCUGGCCGCGCUGCAGUCCCGCAACCACUCGGAGGCCAUGAAGGAGCUUCCAAACUGUGUGAAGAAAAGGAUAAAAGCCUUGAAAAAGUGCCAACUUGAAACCACAAAACUAGAGGCCAAAUUUUACGAGGAGGUUCAUCAGCUGGAGUGCAAAUAUCUUGUGUUGUACACGCCGUUCUACGAGAAGCGCGGGCUGAUCGUGUCGGGCUCCUACGAGCCCACGGAGGAGGAGUGCGACUGGGAGUCUGACCAGGAGAAGGACGACGAGCUGUGCUCCGAGCUCAAGGACAAGGCCAAGAUAGAGCCGCCCGCGCCCGACAAGCCCGCAGAGCCUAAAAAUGAAGAUGUGAAAGGCAUCCCUGACUUCUGGUUAACAAUCUUCAAGAAUGUGCAGAUGUUGGCAGAAAUGGUGCAAGAGCACGAUGAGCCUGUCUUGAAGCAUUUGAUUGAUAUCAAAGUUCUGUUGUUGGAGAAAGACCCUAUGGGUUUUGUAUUAGAAUUCCACUUCAGCAAAAACGAAUAUUUUGUCAAUUCAGUUCUCACGAAAGAGUACGUGAUGAAAAGUGUUCCUGAUGAAAGUGAUCCGUUCAGUUUUGAAGGGCCUGAAAUUUACAAGUGCAAGGGGUGCGUGAUAGAGUGGAACAAGGGCAAGAACGUGACGGUGAAGACCAUCAAGAAGAAGCAGAAGCACAAGUCCCGGGGCUCUGUGAGGACAGUCACGAAGACGGUGCAGAACGACUCCUUCUUCAACUUCUUCUCCCCGCCGCUCGUGCCGGACGACCCUGACACGGAGAUGGACGAGGACACCCAGGCGCUCCUGACUACCGACUUCGAGAUCGGCCACUACAUCCGGGAGAGCAUCGUCCCGCGGGCAGUCCUCUACUUCACUGGGGAGGCGCUGGACGAGGACUUUGAAGAGGAGGAGGAUGAUGAUGACGAGGACUACGAGGACGAGGAGGAGGGCAACGAGGACGAGGACGACGCAGAGUACACCCCGAGCAGCAAGGCAGCGCUGCCCAAGGUCCCGAAGAACGGCCACCCCAACGAGUGCAAGCAGCAGUAACAUCACCCCCCCUCAACACCACCGCCGCCUGUCGACUCAACGUUAUUUGGCCUUGCAAACUGUUGAUCAAUGAAUAUUUUCUAUAUUUAAAAAAAACUUUCGAGCAUGUUUUCAACAUUCUUGUGGUUAUCCGGAUGGAAAGAAGCGUUUACUGUUUGUUCGUACUUCUCUGUUUAGGGUUUGAAGCUUGUGUAUGUAUCCUAGAAAGAUGUUGGUUUUUAACUAAUAUAGUUGUCGGCUGAACUUCUUUAAAGAAAUGUUUUGGUACUGUUAAAGAUCUGCGUUUUUUAGAUGCAUUUGUUUGUAUUCUAUGUUGGUAGUACAAAUUGCAGGUUCGUAUGUUACAGGAACUAAAUUUUACAUUUCCUUUGUUUUGGAAUUGUUACUAAGAGUUGAAUCCAUUCAAAUUUUUGGUGUGUUUUGUGUUUUUGAUUGUAAGUAAAAAAAAAAUAUAUUGGCUUAAACUAUUUUAGUGUUUCAAAAUUAGCUUGUAGCAGUUAUGUGUUGAAAACUAUUUAAAUGCAAGUUGAAGUUAGUAUUGGAGUAAGGCAUACAUCAUUUACAGAUUGUGUUUGCAUGUGCUAGUUUUGUAUGAGAUGCAUUACAAUAUAAUUUUUUACUAGAAA